GUACAUUUACAUACGUGAAUCGUGAUUCUGGAUUUUAAUAGUAUACGAAGAUUGAUUUUAAUUUUUAUUGUGCUGCGUUCAAAGUGGGUAUGAUGUUGGAUCAUUAUUGUUAUUUUCCACACUGCUAGCAAUAGCUGUUUCUAUCUAUUCGGCAAUGUGCUGGUGCUACCAUUAAUUCUAUCAAGAUGGCCAACAUGGAGGAUUUGCAGGGCCAGGACAUAUGUCGAGUAUGUCGCUGUGAGGGCUCAUCGGACCGUCCUCUCUUCCAUCCCUGCAUCUGCACGGGAAGCAUCAAAUGGAUUCACCAGGAAUGCCUGGUGCAGUGGAUGCGUUACAGCCGCAAAGAGUACUGUGAAUUGUGUGGUCACCGGUUCUCUUUCACACCAAUCUACUCGCCCGACAUGCCCCGCCGGCUCCCCAUACGUGACGUGGCGGGCGGUCUGCUCGCCAGCGUGGCUACAGCAGUCAAGUACUGGGUGCAUUACACUGUGGUGGCAUUGGCGUGGCUCGGCGUCGUGCCGCUCACCGCCUGCCGGAUCUACCGCUGCCUCUUCACCGGUUCCGUCGAUUCGGUGUUGACAUUGCCGCUGGAUAUGCUAUCGACAGAGAACAUAGCCUCAGACAUAUUCCACGGCUGUUUCGUGGUUACCUGUACACUGUUCUCGUUCAUUGGGCUCGUGUGGCUGAGGGAGCAGAUACUGCACGGUGGGGGACCUGACUGGCUUGAGAGGGACGAUCCCUUCCAGCCCGCCCCUCCCCCACCCCCUCCACCACCACCUCUACCCGCUGAGCCUGCGCAGGAUCCACCAGACAAUGGUUUUGGCAUGUUCAACAACCAAAAUGAGGUGGUGGGGGAGCCAGCUGUCGCGGCCGCGCCACAGUGGGACGAGAUACCGCCUCUGCGUAUUGCGGAAGGUGAUGCAGCCGCUGCCGGCGAUGAGGCGAACUGGAACCCUAUCGAGUGGGAUCGCGCAGCAGAGGAACUUACCUGGGAGCGGCUGCUUGGUCUGGACGGUUCUCUGGUAUUUCUGGAGCAUGUGUUCUGGAUAGUGUCACUAAACACACUGUUCAUCCUCGUGUUUGCGUUCUGCCCGUACCACAUGGGACACUUCGCUGUGGCAACCCUGGGACUGAAGGAGCACGUUGCAGCUUCCCACUUUGAAGGUCUGGUGACGACGCUGUGUGGCUACUGUGUCAUCGGUCUGUGCCUGGUGGUGCUGCACUCUCUUGCCACCAUCAUGAACCUCACCCGUUCCCGCAGAGUGCUGGGAUUGUGCUACGUCGUUGUCAAGGUAUCCCUACUGUCAGUGGUGGAGAUAGGAGUGUUGCCUCUGAUCUGCGGUUGGUGGCUGGACAUCUGCUCGUUGGCCAUGUUCGAUGCCACUCUACGCGAUCGUGAGGCCAGCUUCCGUGCUGCUCCUGGCACUUCCAUGUUUAUCCACUGGCUUGUUGGGAUGGUCUAUGUCUACUACUUCGCCUCAUUCAUUCUGCUACUGCGUGAGGUGCUGCGCCCGGGCGUGCUCUGGUUCUUGCGCAAUCUCAAUGACCCUGACUUUAGCCCAAUCCAGGAAAUGAUUCACCUCCCGAUUAUUCGCCACGUUCGGAGAUUGCUGGCAUCAGCUGUUAUUUUUGGCACUGCGGUUUUACUGAUGCUGUGGCUGCCUGUCCGUCUACUGCGAGUGAUCUGGCCCACAUUCCUCCCCUACACUGUAGCACUUCAGUCCGAGGCACAGGUUAAUGAGCUCUCUCUGGAGCUACUGCUGCUGCAAGUGAUACUACCAGCACUGUUGGAGCAGUCCCACACUCGCACCUGGCUGAAGGCAGUCAUCAGGCAGUGGUGCAGGCUGGUCAGCUGGGUGCUGGACCUGCAGUCUUACCUACUGGGGGACGAGGCAGAGAGACCUGCCCAGGUGGACAACAACAACGGUGGGGGAGACCUGGGCGCGGCUCAUCAAGCCUUGCUGCAGCGGGGAGGCCCCACAGGCUUCCAGCCGUACGUCCGUCCGACAUUCUUUCCCGCCAGGAUCGUGGGUCUGCUCGUAUUCGUCUGCAUCUCGUUGGUGUUGGCCAGCCUGGUCGCUCUGACGAUCCCCGUCUGGCUCGGCCGCAAGGUGAUGGCGUUGUGGCCGGUCGGCAGCCCCGUGCAAGGUCCCGCCCCCCCGGUGGCGCCGAUACACGAGCUGUACACCGCCUCGUGUGGUACCUACCUGUGCUGGCUCACGGCGCGCGGAGUGGCCUUGCUGCUCGGCUGGCUCCCUCAGGGUCGUCAGGCCAUCAUGGAGAAGCUCUGCAAGUGGUGUGUGGUCGGACUCAAGUCGGCUGUCGCUUCCUCCGUACUGAUCGGGGUCAUUCCACUUCUCUUCGGUCUCCUACUGGAGCUCGUCGUGGUGGUACCACUGCGUGUGCCACUCGACCAGACGCCGGUGCUGUGGAUCUGGCAGGACUGGGCGCUGGGCGUGCUCUACACGAAGAUCGCUUGCGUGAUCACGAUGAUGGGUCCCGAGUGGGCCCUGAGGAGGGCGAUCGAGAGGGCGUACAGAGAUGGUAUCCGCGCGAUGGAUCUCGGCCUGAUACUGCGGGAACUGGCCGCUCCCGUCAUCGCGUGUCUCAGUCUGGCGCUGGCCGUGCCCUACGCGGUCGCACACAGCCUGGUGCCGCUGUUCAUCGCCAGUCCACAACUGCGCAACGUCAUCGCGCGCAGAGUCUACCCCCUGGUCCUGCUCAUAUCCAUCGUUGUGGGCAUUAUAACGUUCCAGAUCCGCCAGUUCGCCAAACUUUAUGAGCACAUUAAGAAUGACAAAUACCUUGUCGGCAGAAGGCUUGUUAACUACCAUCACAAAUCAUCGCUACAAAAUUAAACUGACUUUUGUAUCAUAUUACAGACUGAUCACUGUACAUUAACUUACUUAAUUAGAAAGUAAUGUUUAAUUUGUGAAACUCCGAGUUGUGUUAAAUUGUGUUCCUUAUUGUUGAAUAAAAUUAAUUUUAAUUUUGUUUUUCCCUGAUCUAUAUGUUUGUUUAAUUCGAUAUUAUUGAAAAUUAUUUACAUCAGCGAUUUUUAUUUGACUAUUUUACUAUAAUCAGAGUAUUUGUUCAAGAAAAGUUGUAUUUUUAUGUGCACUAAAUGUUUGUUGUUAAGGCAUUCAAUGUGAUAUUUGAAAUUGAAAAAAACUAAGUUUUAUGUAAUUACCGAUUAUUAAAAUGUGUUAUAUUAUGUUUUGCCUUAAGAAGCAUGUUUUUAAAAUAAUUUAUGUUAUUAAUCUGAGAGAAUAUUUAUAUUUAUUUGUAAGAAUUAAGUUAAAAACCACAAAAUACUUUUAGAAAUAAGGUUAUUACUUGAUUAUGUAUAUCUUCAUUAUACUGAUUUGACAGCA